AGCAGUCUGUCAUUUCCAGCCAGGCCAAACACAACAUGCUCUCCUUCGCAGGAAUUGCCACGAAAAUGAACUCCUUAGAGUUUUCGUUAAGCUUCUUCAUACUGGUGUCUCAUAUAUCGUUGGGACGAUCCAGUGGUAUUUCCUUCUCAAUAUGCUGGAUGAGCAAGGACGACGCUCUGGAAAGGCAAAAUGGAAACAUAUGGCUCAAUGAUACAGCGCUGAAAUCCAUCAGGAAGCUGGGUAAAGUUACCUCCCUGACGGUGUACCCAGCUGUAGAAAACAAGCUAACGCUUCAGUAUGGAGGCUCUGUUCAGGAAUGGACUUUAAAAAUCAACCCAUGUACAAAGUUAACUAAAAUCAGCGGCAGGCAGAAACCCCUAAAGCAACCAACAACUGCCACCAAGGGCUUCCUGGAGUUGAUGAGUCCCACUGAGGUGUUUGCAUGUGAAAACGGCACACUAUUUUUCCACCAAGAUGAAAACUUCUUCCUUGGAAUUGGCUACACAAUGCGUCUCCCUGUCAAGCUCGAGUCCUGGGCUCCCUCCAUGUUGCUGGUCUCCUGGGUGGACAACCGCCCAGGUGUCAGCCACAGCUACACUGCGACCCUGUACCACACUGAACUAGGCUCCUAUAACACUCUCAGCAUGGACACUACGUCCGACAACCACUACUGCUUCACAGGUCUGGACUCCUGCGGUUCAUACGUGGCUUGUAUGGAGACUGCAGGCAGUCACUCCUUCACCUGCUUCUCUACUAUUACCGACCCAGACAUUCCCAAGAACUUUGAGAUGACAUCACGGACCACCAGCAGCUUAUUGCUGUCUUGGGACUUCCCUGAGAACCACAAGAUGUCCCUCUUCCUCCUCACCGCCUUCUACCUCAAUGGUACAGACCACGUCACAGAAGAGGUACUCCUGUGGCAGAAGGACAGCUUAAUGUUCAUCUUGUCUGAUCUGCAGCCCUGCAGCAAGGUUAAGUUUGGCCUGCAGACGGUUUGCCCGGCAGGGAUGGAGUCCCGCUAUAGCAAGAUGGUCCUGAACGAUGGAAACUCAGCUUACUCCAGCAUCGAGGCCUUGCAUCAGACGUCGUUUGGCCCAGACAGCUACACCCUGAGCUGGGAGGUGAGGAACACCUCAUCCAUCUCUGUUUUCAGAGUCUAUCAUGAGGGGGCGCUGCAGGGCACCACGCUCAUGACCAACUACACUGUGAGGGGGCUGCUGCCAUGCCAACAGUACCAGGCCAAGGUGGAGGCGCUGUGUGGAGACGGUGUGCUCAUGAGUGCCAAGACGGUCACAGCGCACACAGGAACACAUGGUGUGUCUGAGCUGAGGUAUCGCUCUAACGACUCCACCGCCCUGUGGAAACCCAGCACCAUGAACCAACCAGCUGUGGCCUUUUUAUAUGAACUGUCUCUGGAGAAUGGCACCAGCAUCCAGGGCAGCCGUGUGACUGACCCAAAGCUGGGUCUACCGGGGUUGGAGGAAGGGAAGACCUAUGUCCUCAGUGUGUGGGAGGAAUGUGACGGACAGUGGGAAUCGGAACAUUCUCGUGUGGUUUUUGAGGGAGCUUAUUCAUCCUUAGGGCUCCUCUUGAGGGCUGCUGGAUCUGAUCUGAACAGAGGGCUGGAUUUAGAUUUUUCCACCAUGGUACUCACAAUGGUCGUGCCCUGGUCACUACCCGAUGAUCUACAGGAUGAUGUAUCAGAACCAAGAGCUGAAAUGAGGGAGAUUUUUAAAGAUAAGCUUCAGAAGCUGUUGAAAGACUUUGAUCAGCCAGUCCGCAUUGAAGUGGCCACCUUUGAACCUGCAGAUCAUAAAGACAAAACGGAGAUUCUGUUUCUGUCUUUUGAUGCAUCCAACACUGACGAAGAUGUGCCCCUGCCCGCUGAAGAUCAGCUGGAUUACAUUCGCUCCCUGAAGGCUACAAACGUUACAGUUGCAGACGGGGUCAUUCACUGGGACGGUCCAGAUCUGUGUGCUUUCUCCAAGCAAACUUUGUGUCCCCGUAAUUCUCUGUGCAUCAACACUCUGGGCUCCUACACCUGUGUGUGCCAACAUGGUUACUAUGAUGUGAGCUCUGUCAUCGUGCCUCCUGUGGCUUCACAUCCGGUCUGCAGUGAAAGAGGCCUUAUCAGCCAGUGUCUGGAUAAACUGGUGACUGGUGGAAUAGCAAAACCCUACCUGACUUCGUACCUCGGGGGAAAGGUAGAUGUGAAGCUGAACGAUGGGCGGUGCACUGUGGAUGAAAAUGAGAUUUUCUACUACUUCCGCAUCUCACAAAAAGCCUCUGAAUGUGGAACUGAGAGGCGGGCGAACAAAACUCACCUUGAGUUCCAAAACACUCUGACUGUGACUUUGACCAGAGAGCAAACCAUUAGCCGGCAGGAUCUGAAAGUUGUCUGGAAGUGUGUCUACCCACGACAUUAUGUUCGCAACACUCAACUCAGUGUGGAUAUGGAGUGGCUCUCCUCUAUCUCCUUGGUGCAGUUCAGCUCAUCCCCGCAGCUGGGCCUGACCAUGACCCUAUACACUGAUGACACUUACAGCAGCUACAGGCGUACCGGAGACCUGGAGCCUGAGGACACCCUGUUCUUCCAGGUGGCCCUGCACACCAACAACUCUUUUGCUUCAGACUUACUCCUGCAGGUGGAGUCAUGCUGGGCCACUGAGAGCAAUGAUCCACAGGAUCCGGUCCAAGGUGUAUUUCUGCAGGAUGGCUGCCCUGUUGACUACACUUUCCACUGGCUCUCUGUUAAUGGCCUGGCACAGAGAAGCAGAUUUUCCAUUCAGAUGUUCACCAUGCCCAAAGGGUUGCCCCUCUACAUUCACUGCCUGGCCAACAUAUGUGGACAUGGUGAAGAGUGUACAAAGAAUUGCACAAGCCCGCAGCGCACCAAGAGGUCUGUAAGCCAGAUGGACAGGAAGGGGAAGCAAGCUGCGGUUGUGUCUGCUGGACCUCUGGUGGUCAACACAAGAGUGAAUUCGGGAGCCCAAUCGCCUUACUGGGCAGAGCACAUGACUAUAAUCUCCAUUGUGGCUGGAUCAAUAGGCUUUUUGGGAGUAACCAUGCUCUCAGUCAGUGCAACCAAAGCAAUCAUGGCUUACUACAAACGACUACGGCUGCAAUAAAGUGUUUGUUACACCAUC